AUGGAUCCAGAGAUCUCAGUCCAGAAACAAGAUUCUCUAGAACUGGAUUUAAGUGACAUUAUUAGGAAAAUCUUAUUUCUUGACAAAUGGAAGGAAAUCUUCAGGUAUUAUAGGUUGGGAAGCAAUAACACAACGCCUCAGAAUCCCGAUGGCGCCCAUAUAUCUGCUGAGGAAACUAGAGAAAGAUAUGGAAUGCUUCGGCCCAAAGGACAAGAACAGUUGCCAUGCUGCAGUUUUAGUUCUGUUCCCAGACUCUCCAGCGUCUCUCCAACACUGGAUGGUUUUCCUAUCUCCCCGGCAAUGGCCACAAUGCUGCAAAGAAGCCUCUUUGGAAACACUAACCAAGUCCUCAGCAGUGACUGGAGAAAGGCACACUUCAAGUUUCACGAUCCCUUCUCUGACCUGGCCUUUGCUUUACAAGUAGAAAAGGGAGGUGCCCAGAGCAUUCAGAUGGCGGUGCAAGGAUCGAUCAUCAAAUAUUUACUGUUUACUAAGGAGGGGAAAGGCUGCAGCCUUCACAGCUUAUGUAACCUGAGCCAGCGUGAGCAGGAGCAGGCUCUAGCUGCAGUGCUGGCUAGCAUCCUAUGGGCUGCAGGAGCAGCUCAGAAAGCCGUCCUCUGUUUUGUCACCAAAGACCUCCGUAGCACUUCGACUCUUCACUACUCCACUGACAAUUUCAUUGAGAGGCUCCAGCUGUUUGAAUUUUCAGAGAAAGGAGCCACUGAGAAAUUCAUCUAUGAUCAUUUACAAUGUUUCAUGGGAGAAGGAAGCCAUGGUGUCAUCCUCUUCCUCUACAGCCUGGUGCUCUCCAGAACGUUUGAGAGGCUUCAGAGGGACCUGGAUGCCAGCACCACUCAUCUCUUGCAGCCUCAGGCUGGAAGUGUCUUGUGCAGGCAGGCCGUUAUAAACAUGAUUUUGACUGGGAGAGCAAGUCCAAAUGUCUUCAAUGGCUAUGAGAAAGGGCAGGAUGAGGAAACGUUACAUGGCGUCUUGACCCGCAGUGAUGUUGGCUACUUGCAGUGGGGUAAAGAGACUUCUGAGGGUGACCGACUCUCACAGGUGGGCAGCAUGCUGAAGACUCCCACAUUCCCUAUUUGGUUGUGCAACAUCAAUGGAAAUUACAGCAUCCUUUUCUGCACAAAUAGACAGCUCUUAUCAGACUGGAAAAUGGAGCGUGUCUUUGAUCUGCACUUUUACAGUGGCCAGCCGUCACAGAAAAAGCCUGUACAUCUUACAAUAGAUACUCAUGCCCAUCACUGGGAAGGGGACCACCAUGAAGAUAAACACGGAUCAGGAAGAUGGUUUUCUUCAGUGGAAAUGGCAAUCAGAACCAAAUGGAGAGACGCUACUGUCAACUGGAAUGGAGCUAGUCCCUUUCUCUAA